UGAAGUUUGAACCGUGAUAGUGGCAACUGGCAACGAGUUCGGUGUUCAUCAAAAACUUCGCGCGUUCGAAGAUACAAUAUAAUAUCUAAAAUAUCUUAACGUCGAUUUUCUUCCGGACACGUAUCGUGUGUAACGAAUCUGGCCACAUCGCAAAACCUGGGCACUUCCGGUCGCCCGAAUUGACGGAUUGUCGAAUUGUCGAAGGACCGGCCACACGGUUCCCUCCGACAGACUCUGUUAUUUUUUCCACACGUGAUUCCCCAACAGGCCUCAAGACAUGUCGGCGCAAUGCACGAAAACGGCGUGGCUGUCGUCGAAACUCAAACAAUUCGCGCUGGACGAGGAGAUCUAUUUGAACUACAUCGAGAGUGUGUUGGACGGCGAAGAAGAUCGGUGCGAAAAAAUCAGUGCACUUGAGGCGAUUCUCGGAGAAGUAUUGAGUGAGAACGAAGUGAAAACCCAAUGCAUGGAAAUCAUUGACAUGUAUGACACACAAGAUGACAGUGGCGCUAGUGAAAUCAAAAUACCUAUAGAGGAUACCGAAGAAGCUUUGGUUAAAAUGUUAGAAAACAAUAUAAGGACCGUUGUGACGGUUCCCAAUAAAACCAACAAGUUAAAUUCGGAUGAGGAAGAUUCGGAUUUAGUUAAAAUUAGAAAAAAUAUUUUAAGUCAAUAUGCACAGAAAGAAGCUAAUUCAGAAGAAGAAGAAAGUGACGAUUUAGACAUAGAACAUAAUACUAAUGCUAGUUCUGUAUUAGCUUUAAAAAAAGAACAGAGAGAAAGAGCUAAAGAACAAAGUUUACGGAAAAAGGAAAAAGACAAAGAAGACAGAGAAAAACAAAAGCAAUUGGCACAAGAGAAGAAAGAUGCUAAAAAGAAAAAAGCUCAAAAAGUCGAAAGAAAGCGUUGAAAUACUACAGUAACAAGAAUUCUGUUUAGUUUGACAUGUGUUUUUUCAAUUCAUCUAAUUAGAAUUUAGUUGACAUUUAAUGUUGGCCACGAGUGCUUACACAUUUUGAAAUAUCAAUUUGUGUAUUAUGUUUGAUUAUUUAAAACAAAAGUGAUAUUAAUUUUGUACAAAGACUGUAUUUUAAAAACAUUAACGCCUAACUUAUAGAGCUUUAUAUUCUUACAAUUAAAGAAUGGUUAAGAAUUAAUUGUAUUUUUGUGGUUUUAAUUAAUUUUAAAUUCUAUUAACAUUUGGUCCAAUACUGAUAUAAAACAUGUAUUAAUAAACAAUAAUUAUUAAAGCUCAAGUUCCUUUUCUA